GCGUAGUGGGUUGGCGACACCAGCAUCUCGUCGGACUGGAACCUGGCCGUCGCGCGCGAGCAGCUGCAGCGUUUUUGGGUGACAGAAGCGCUCAAAUCCAGGGAAGGCGGCCGAAGCGACGAGCAGUCGGACUGGGCAGCGGUCAAGAUGCGCAAGGAUGUGCGCAUCGUGCUCGCCGGUGAUGCCAAUGUGGGAAAAUCUACGCUCAUUACAUCCUUGAUCAAGGAGCAAUAUGUCGCCCGGGUGCAGAAGGUCCUACCAGAGAUCACCCUGCCGGUGGAAGUUGCGCCAGAGGGGGUGGUGACCAAGAUCAGUGAUACCAGUUCCUCCCCAGAGAAAAGGUCACAUAUGGAGAGUGAGCUACGACGAGCGAACGUGAUUUGCAUCGUUUAUUCCAUCGAGGCUCCAGCAUCGUUCGACCGAAUACCCAACUAUUGGCUGCCCUACCUGCGAUCGCUCGGCAUCAAUGUCCCCGUCAUUCUCGUAGGGAACAAGAUCGAUCUACGGUCAGGUGAUGUCACAAACAAGGCACUGGAAGAAGAGCUGGCACCAAUCAUGACCGAGUUCAAAGAGGUAGAGACGUGCGUCGAGUGCAGCGCCAAGAUCCCUCUGAACGUGAGCGAGGUGUUCUACUUUGCCCAAAAAGCGGUUCUAUACCCUACUGCUCCCCUGUACGACUCGCGGAGCCACGCACUCAAGCCUGCCUGCGUCGAGGCGCUCAAGCGGAUAUUCAAGCUGUGCGACAUGGACAAGGACGGGCUGCUGAACGAUUACGAGCUCAACGAUUUCCAGCGGAGAUGCUUUGAUGCACCUUUGCAAGCGCAGGAAUUGGAAGGUAUUAAGGACGUCGUCGCGGAUGGAGCACGCGAAAUUGGAUGGAGUCCAGAAGGGAAUGGCAGCGAUCCUGGGCUCCACAAUGGUGGGAAUGGCGAUUACUUUGGGCGCGCCUCCAGCAGCAGCGAUGGAGGCCACAGCUCGUACUACGACAACCCACAUUUACGCGACAAUGGCUUGACGCUCGCUGGCUUUCUCUACCUCCAUACUCUGUUCAUUCGCCGUGGAAGGCUAGAGACGACAUGGACUGCGUUGCGUACAUUCGGCUACGGCUCGGACUUGGCGCUGGUCGACUCAUUCGUACACCCGCCUUUCCACGUCUCGGCGGACUGCUCAGUGGAAUUGUCGCCGCACGGGUACCAGUUCCUGACAGACAUCUUCGAGGUCCACGAUAAGGACCAUGACAGUGCCCUGUCGGAUGAAGAGCUCGCGAAUCUGUUCAGCACCGCUCCUGGCAAUGCGCAUCCAUGGAAAGGGACUGGCUUCCCGCAGGAGACGACCAUCACGAACGAACACGGUUCCGUGACGCUGCAAGGCUGGCUCGCGCAAUGGAGCAUGACAACACUGCUUGACUACCGCACGACACUGGCGUACAUGGCCUACCUCGGCUACCCUUCCUUCUCGGCGCUCGGCAUGCACGUCAGCACGUCCACGCCUCCGAGCCUGCAGUCACCGGUGGACGAGCUGCCGGGCGCGCGCAGAGCGGGCGGGGACAACACGGGUGCGGCGAACGGAAAUGGCUAUGGCGGUCACAGCAACAGCAGUACAGCCAAGGGAAUGAACACGUUGGGAGCCUCCUCGCCAGCACCGAUCUUCUUGAGGCGCAAGGGCAAGGACGCGCUGCCACACCCGGACACGACGUCGGCGUUGAAGGUGACCAACCCGCGGCGGGCGGACCGCAAGAAGAAAGGCCGCGUGCAGCGCAAUGUGUUCUUAGCGCUUGUAUUUGGCGGUGCGGGGAGUGGGAAGACGAGUCUGUUGCGUGCGAUGAUCGGGAAGCGGUUCAGCUUUGAGUACGAGCCUACUGGGAUACCGAUCAGCGCCGUCAGUGCGGUGGAGCAUGCCGGUGCUGAAAAGUAUUUGGUGCUCCAAGAAUACGGCUCUCACAACGAAGCCGAGGCGCUGCGGUCGACAGCGAAGCUGAACGCAGCGGACGUGAUCGUCUACGUGUACGACUCUUCGGACACGAACUCGUUCUCGCACAUUUCCAACCUGCGUCAGAAGCACUCGUCGUCGACAUUGUCGUACGGGUACCUGCUCAGCGGCAUACCGUGCCUGUUUGUCGCGACGAAAGCGGACCUGGACCUGGCAGUCCAGAGGCACGAGGUUCAACCGGACGUGUACUGCCGCAAGCUAGGGAUCGCCAUCCCCGGACUGGGCGCAGGGCCGCUGAACGUGAGCGUGCGGAUGGACCAGCUGGCCGAACUAUUUCAGCGCAUCGUCGGCAUCGCGGUCGACAGCCGCGGCGCCGUACCGGGUGGCCGGCGCGCCGACGGCGCACUGACUGGUCUCACGCGCGGGCGGUGGUGGCUGUACGUCCUGUUCGGCGUUGUGUGCAGCACUGGCGGCGUGCUGUUCGUGGCAAAGCGGUACGGGUCCGUGCACGUCAGAGGGAUUGGCCUGUCAGCGUCCGGCUCCCUGCCCUCUGCGGGCGGCUCCACUUCUUCGGCAGGCACGCCCGGCGCAGGCGCAGCAUGGCUCGGCGCGCUCUGGGGAAACGUCGCAGGCGGCAAGCGAGAACUGUAGGCGGGUUUUUUUCCUUUUUCUUCACUUGCGUUCGUCGCUCUCUCUAGUUGACCCUGUAGCACAAUGGCAUAGUAUCAGCAUCGGCUGUCCAAACGGCUCCCCCCCCCUCCGGGAAAGGUUCUGGCUCCCGUCGUGAUCACUGCCUGCGGACUGCCGUCGAUGGAGUGUCGACAAGAGUGGGGGGUAGAUCCACGGCCGACGAUUCAUCAAGUCGCGAAGGUCACAAAAGAAGUAAUACUGCAAAUGAG